UAUUCAACAGCCCAUCCCUAGUCCACACCCAAAGCCCAACAAACAAACAUUCCAUCGAAAUCAGCGAAAUUAAUAUCCAAAUUCCCAUACAAAGCAUGCAAAAGUCGUCUCAUUUUGCACGCGAGGAUUCCCAGGAGCAUCUGCCCACCCACCCACAUCAGCAUCAACAGCACACCGUCAACAUGAAGCGACGCACCCUCUCCGGCAGCUGUGGCGUUGGCGUCUUCAUCUUUGCAUUCGCCUUCAUCGCCAUUGCCUUUGCAACGCCCAGUUGGCUGGUCAGUGAUUACCGCAUUACGGGCGCCAAGCUGGAUCGCCUGGGCCUGUGGGUGCACUGCUUCCGCUCGCUGCCGGAUGUCAACGACGACAGCCAGCGACGCUUCUUUGUGGGCUGUCGCUGGGUGUAUGACCCAUUUACCACGGGCUACGAUGAGAUACGCGGAUUCCUGCUGCCAGCCUUCAUGAUUGCCACACAAUUCUUCUACACGCUCGCCUUCAUCGGCAUGCUGCUGAGUGCCAUUGGUGUGCUGGUCUUCUUCCUGUGCGCCGGACCCGACCAGAAGCAUUUCAUUACACUCAUCCGAUCCGUGGGCUAUGUGCUGCUCGGCGCUGGCGUCUGUGCAUCCAUUGCGGUCAUAGUGUUUGCCGGUUUUGGCAAUCGGAAUGGCUGGAUGCCGGAGCAUGCCAACAACUGGUUCGGCUGGUCCUUCAUACUCGCCUGCGUGGGCUCCGUGCUGACCCUGGUGGCGGCCACAUUAUUCCUCAGCGAGGCGCAUGUGCAGCAACGCAAGCGCCUGCAGUUCAAAGAGUCGCAGACACGCUUCGAGUUGGUUCGCGGAUAGUUACGGCAGCAAGCAACAAGUAGCAGCGGAGGCAGCAGCAGCAACAGAAACAACAUUCCGUCCCCACGACACACACACACAAAACAAAAACUUCUACGAAGAAUUCUCACCAUAAUAAUUAAAUUUAGUUUUUUUUUUAGUUGGAAAUGUUUAUGCAAUUGCCAGACAACAACAACGACAACGACGACAGACAGUCGGAGAAUACCCUUAUGACACCCAGCAUCACAUCAGUUUCUUGGUACUUAUGAAUCAUCCAUCCAAUACGACAACUACAACAAAAGUUCUAAACGAAGACUGAAUGUAUCCGAAAUGAAAUCUUCUUCCUUCUGCAGUAUUUAUGCAAACAAAAAAGACGCUCAAAAAGUGACUCAUUUUAUUUUAUGUAGAGUAUAUGACAAUUUGCAUAUCAAACACAACUUUUUCGCUCAAUUAACAGCAGUCAGCACACAACAGUCGCCCGCAGCCCUUCCACCACCCACCCACCCAACACUCUCAUACAUAGUACACACUUUUGUGUAAAGUCGCAGAGCUCGUGUCUUAAUGCUAGCAACGAAAUGUUACACUCGUGCCUUAAUUAGAGAAGCUUUUUUGGUAUAAUUUAGAUAGUGCUUAAAAUACAUAUUACUAUUAGAUUCGACUACCUGAACCACACAGACCUGCGACUACAUACCAACAGACAAAACCCCAUUUGGAUUGCAUAAACUUCUGCUAAGAAAGUGCCUUAGUUAAGUGACCAUUUACACAGAC